UUACAAUUCACAAUUCACCCUCCUGCCACCAAACAAGCCACUGGAUCUUCCACAAUUCGAGAAAAACUCUUUCCGACAGAUCAUAGCUCUCUUCACAGCCCACUGACCGACGUCCACCGCGCGUUCCUGGCCAUCCGUGGGUGAAGUGCCGCUCGUAGAGAGUAAGGAAGGAAGCCCGCACUCUAUACCUGUGACGAUUAUUCCCAAACAGCCUCGGGGCCAUGGCCAACGUAGAGGACCCAUAUAACCAUAGCCACCGCGCAUUCCUACAAGCUUUCCUUGCGCAUUCCGUACUCACUUUUGAGGAACUAAAACCUAUUCUGGCUGCUAUUCUAUCGGUGCACGACGACCGCGAGAUCCUCCCUAACGACAUCACCGAGCCUGAUGUCUCGACCUUCAUACACACUCUAAACUCCAAGCUUGCACCAGUCGACUACGAGAUCCGACCAGCACGAUCUCAAAAAGACCACUCUACCAGCUAUGUGCUCGUAAACCUGACCUCGGACGCUGUCACCCAGCUUGCAACAACACACUCGCCGGACGAGAUCGCUUUCGUGAAGCGGGUCUUGGACGCCAUGUUCGAAACACACAACACGCACAAACAUGAAGUCAUGGCCAUCACGAGAAUGCAGGCGCGGCACCUGUCCAAACCUCCUCGUACCUCCGUUGCCAACGAAGAUGGUGGAACACAGACUCAGAGUACAGCUGCGCACGGCCUCACACUCCCACAAGCAGAGAAAAUGUUAGACGAUAUGGUUGAAGAAGGCUGGUUUGAGAAGAGUGCGGCAGGCUACUAUUCCCUCAGCUCACGUGCGUUGGCGGAGCUGAGAGACUGGCUCAGGGAGACGUACAACGAAAUGCCUGGAGAGGGCGACGAUGAUGAGGCUGUCAUUAGAAUCAGGAAUUGUGAGGCAUGUACGGAGAUUGUAACUGUGGGUCAGCGCUGUUCAAACCACGACUGCGGAUGCCGGCUUCACGAUAUUUGCACACAACGCCUGUUCAGAUCACAAGCUGCGAACACCCGGCGUUGUCCAAAGUGUAAGGAAGAAUGGACUGGUAGGGACUUCGUGGGCGAGAAAGCCACAAAACGAAAUGGCAGCUACCGUCAACACGGAUCCACAGCAUCCUCGAGGCAAAUUGUUCAAAACGGAUUAGGAAGGGACAGCAGCGAGGAUGACGAGGAAUAAUUGUUGUGUUAAGCAGUAAUACAUGAUUUAUCCAACUUCAACCCUCUUAAAAAGGGA